AUGAAGGUUGAUGAUAUCAACAAAACUAUCGUAAAGGAUAGUGAGAUAAGUGAUGAAGAGAUAAAUUAAGAUGAACCAAAUUAGUCUAAAUUAAAAUAUGUAAUAAUGAUUCUUGGGUGUUUAUUAAUGUUUGGAAACAAUUAUUCAUUUGAUAAUCCAUAAGCACUACAAAAAUAAUUAACAUAAGAUUUAGAUAUAUCAAUAUCAAAUUAUAACCUAUUAUAUUCUGCAUUCUCAUUUCCAAAUAUAUUUUUAACUUUGAUUGGAGGAUUUAUUAUAGAUUUUUUGGGUAAUAUGUGAAUAUCAAUUUUAGGUGUAAGAUUCGGGAUCAUUCUAUUUAGUGCAAUAGUUGUAGUAGCUUAAACCAUUGUAGCAUUGGGAGGAGCAUUUAAAAUCUUCUGGAUUAUGUUAGUUGGAAGAAUCAUAUUUGGAUGUGCAUCUGAAAAUUUAGUGAUAGCAUAAGCAGCUAUAAUCUGUAAGUGGUUUAGAGGAAAAGAACUAUCAACUGUACUUAAUAAUUCAAAACUAUAUUUAAGGCAAUUGGUUACAUUAUGACAGUACCUGAAUUAGCUAGUGCUGCUAACUCAUUUCUUACUCCUAUGCUUUAUGAAUCAUAUUAGGGAUUGACAUAUCCAUUAUUUUUUAGUGUAAUUCUUUGUAUAUUUUCAUUUGUGUGUGCAGUAGUCUUAUGUAUAUUGGAUAAAAAGAAUGAAUUAAAUAAAUUGAGUAUAUAUUUAUAAUAAGAAGAGGGUUAAUUUAUAAUUGAAGAAUAAGAAGAAGAAGAGGGUGAAGAAGGUGAAUAAUAAAAGGAUGAUAUUGAGAGAGUAUCAUUUAAAGACAUUAAAAAUUUAAAUGGAACAUUUUGGAUCUUAGUAUUAAUAUGUACUUUAACAUUGGGAUCUUAUACUCCAUUUCUAGAUGAUGCCAAUGAUUUUUUAUAGGAAAAGUUUGAAUUUACGAAUGUUUAAGCAGGAAAAGUGUUGACUAUCCCAUAUUUAAUGGCAGGUAUUUUUGAGACAAUUUAGCAAUCACCAGUCCCUUUUUUGGGCCAUACAUAGACAAAGUAGGAAAAAGAAGAAAAUUCAUUUUAAUAACCUGUGUUCUAUUUACUCUAACUCAUUUUGCAUUUGGAAUGAUGCCAAAUGGUUAACAUGGAUAACCUAAUUGGUUUUCUGUUAUACCUUUGAUGUUUUUAGGAUCCAGUUAUGCUUUAUAUUCAUGUGUGUUAAUUCCAUCUAUUUAAUAUAUUGUUGCAGAAAAGGUUGUUGGAACAGCAUUUGGUUUAUUAGGAAUGUUUGAGAGUGUUGCCUUGGCGUUCUUUCCAAUAAUAGCAGGCUAUAUUGUAGAAAUAUCAGAGGACCCUUAAUAAGGAUAUUCAAAUGUAGGAUUAUUCUUUUCUGGAAUAUCCUUAUUUGGAAUCAUAUUUACUCUCUCUUUAUAUUUUUUUGAUAAAAAGAGUUCCAUGAUUUUAGAUUUUGUACAUCCAGAGGAUCCUUCUGAUUUGGAAAAGAAAAUGCUUAGAACUACAAAAUCUGAAUCUAGUAGUGAUGAAGAGGAUGAUGAUUCAAGUGAUGAAGAUUCAGAUGAUGAUUAAUUUAAAAAGAAAAAAGUGUGUAAAAGUUAUUCUAGUUUAAAAAGUAAGAAAUUAUUAACAUCUCCUUAAUUGAGAACUAGAAGUUUAUACAAUUGAUAUUUUAGCUUAUUCAUAUAUAUAAGAUGUUCAUAUUAUAUUAUUAUUAUUAUUAAUGUUUUUUAUUAUAGCGUUUUUGUCUUUAUAGCUAUCUGUAUAUUCUAAGAAUUUAAGAGAAAACUUAUUAGUGGGAUAAACUAAAAGAUUCAACAUUGAGAAAAACGAUGAAAAUAUGAUAUAUGUUCAUUUGAUACCUCAUUCUCAUGAUGAUGUUGGAUGGCUCAAAACUUAUGAAGAAUAUUAUUAUGGUUUAAAUAAUAAAGUUUAAUGGGCAGGAAUAUAAUACACUAUAGAUAGUGUUGUAAGAUCAUUAUUCUUUGAUUAAACUAAAAAGUUUAUAUAAGUUGAAAUUGCCUUUUUUAAAUUGUAAUUUGUUUAAUAACUAAAAAAAGGUGGUGGGAUGAAUAAAAUGAUGAUGUGAGAAAUAAGACUAAAUACUUAAUUAAAAAUGGAUAAUUAGAAUUCAUAAAUGGAGGUUGGUGUAUGAAUGAUGAAGCUACAGCAUAUUAUGAAGAUAUAAUAGAUUAAAUGACUUUAGGACAUUAAUGGAUAUUAGAUAGAUUCUAAAUUAAACCAACUAUAGGAUGGUAAUUAGAUCCUUUUGGUCAUACUUCUGCAUAAGCUGAGUUAUUUGCUCUAAUGGGUUUUGAUGCUUGGUUUUUCAGUCGUAUUGAUUACUAAGAUAUGAAUUUAAGAAAAGAAUAAUAGAAGAUGGAAUUGAUAUCAAUAGUUGAUUAAUAUUCCAUCUUUACUCAUAUAAAUUAUAAUCAUUAUGAAGCACCUCCAUAAUUUAGUUUUGAUUCUUUACAUUCUUAAGAUCCAAUUGUAGAUAAUUAAAAUAGCAUACAUUAUAAUGUAGAUAAAAGAGCAGAAGUAUUAGUGGAUUAUUUUAAAUCAUAACAUUAAAGUUAUAUAGGCAAUAUCUUAAUGCAUACAUUAGGUACAGAUUUUGGUUGGUCUAAUGCAUAAAUGUAUUAUACAAAUAUAGAUCGUUUGAUCAAAUAUAUUAAUUCAAAUAAGUAAAAAUACAAUAUGUAAAUAAUGUAUUCUACUCCAUCUUAAUAUUUAUAAGCUAUUAAUUAAUUAAAUUAAUAAUAUCCUACAAAAACAGAUGAUUUUAUGCCAUAUGCUGAUAGACCUAAUGCUUAUUGGACAGGAUAUUUCACUAGUAGAGUAUCCUUAAAAUUAUUAAUAAAAUAAUUAGGAAGAUUUGCUUAAAUUUAAAGAAGAUUUGUAUCAACUCUAUUAUUAAAUGGAAAAUCUUAAUAUAUUUAAGUGAAUCGUUAAUAAAUAAUAGAUGCUUAAUAAAUAUUAGAUUAAGCUUUAGCAACUAAUUAACAUCAUGAUGCAGUUACAGGUACAGCUAAAUAACAUGUUACAAAUGAUUAUAUUGAAAUGUUAUGUAAUGGACAUCAUAAGAUUAGUCAGCAAUUAUAUUAAAUAAUGAAAGAACUAAUUGAAUUUGAAAUUCAAGAUGAAACAUCUUAAAUAGUAUUUGAAGAAUGUAAUUUUAAUUAAACUGCAUCAUCUUGUUAACUUGUUUAUGAAUAAUUAAAAAAUGGAAAUGCUGUUUAGAUUAAUAUGAUUGAUAAUAAAAAUAUUCCAUUAUAAGAUUAUGUGAGAAUUAAAGUACCUAAAUUAAAUUUAAUCAUCUAUGAUUAAACAAAUAAAAUUAUUAAUGGUGAUAUAAUAUGUAUUAAUAAUGAUGAUGAUUGUGAAUUGUAUUUCAUUUAUAAUAGAAAUCCAAAAUAAAUUAUUGAAUAUUUUAGAAUAUUACCAAAUCAAGAAAAUCCAAGUGCAAUUAUAAUUUAACCAUAAUCAGAAUCUUUAAAAUACAAUAGUUCUUAAGAUUAUAUUUCACUUAAUAACUCAAAAUAAUUUAAAUUAACAUACAAAUACUAUAUUUCAUCAGAAGAUAAAUAAUAUAGUGGUGCUUAUAUCUUUAGACCUAAUGAUGAUUCUAUUGAAUUUGGAGAAAUAAAAAAUCAUAAAUUAUAUAUUGGUAGACUAAUCUAAAUAUUCUAUAUUGAAAGAGAUUAAGUAAAUACAAAAAUUAAGAAAUUAUAACAUAUGGAUGAUACAUAUGAAAUAGAAUCAUAUAUAACUGAUAUACCAAUACAAAAAGAAAAUGGAAAAGAAGUUGUAAUGAUUAUAUCAACAGAUAUCUAAAAUGAUGAUACAUUUUAUACAGAUAGUAGUGGUAUGAGAAUGUAAUAAAGGAAAUUAAAUUAUAGACCUACUUGGGAUCUAGAAGUACAUUAACCAAUAGCAGGUAAUUAUUAUCCAGUUAAUGGAAUCUUAUAAAUCUAAAAUAAUCAAACAGGAGAAGUAGCAGCUAUUCUAAAUGAUAGAUCAUAAGGUGGAACAAGUUUACAUUCAGGAGAAUUAGAAUUAAUGAUUCAUAGAAGAUUAUUAAAGGAUGAUGCAAGAGGAGUUGGAGAACCAUUAAAUGAAAAAUAAUCUAAUGGUAGAGGAUUAAAUUAGAACUUUUAACAUACAUUAACAUUUUUUAAUAAAAAUAAUUUACCAAAUUAAGCAAGAUAAUUGUAAUAUCUUUAAGAUUUAAAGCCAAUUCUUAUAUUUAGUAAUUGCAAAAAUGAAGUAUUUCCUUAACCUGUUAAAUCUUUUAAAAUUACAUAUCCAAGAGAUUUAGAAAAAAUGUUCACACCAAAUGGUUAAGCUAUAACAAAAUUUUAUUUAUAAACUAUUGGUGUUGAUUAAUAUAUUUAUAGAAUUCAUAAUUUAGGAGAAGAAGGAACAUUUUAAGUGCCAGAAUUAGAUUAAUUUUAAAUAGUAGAAACUACUCUUACAGGUAAUCAAUUAUGGACUGAAUGGUUAGACAAAAAAUUAAGUAAAUUAUCUCUAUAUUUUAGAUUGGAAAGUAUAGGAAGGAUUACAAUAACCAAAAGAUUAACCAGUACAUAAUGAAACUGUGUUACCAUAACAAUUAAGAACUUUCAGACUUACUAAAAAGAGUAAUUCUAAUUAAUGAGU